CAGACAGCGGCGGGGAGGAAGAGGAAGGCGAAGGGGAAGUCCAAUUAGCACCCGAGGGCGCACAUAUAAUCAACGUCAUCAAAACACCCUGUUUCCCCUUGUCCUCCAUGUGAGUUGUGAGCCCCGUGUUCUGUAUUCUUCUUCUUCAUUUCCUCCACCGCCCCACCUCUUCCCCUCCCCAACUCCACCCCCAUGAAUAUGAUCGCGAGAAGCUGCUAGCAUCAUCCCCAGCCUCCACUUCGCCACCUCCCCGCCAUUCCAUCCCACCAGCUGUGUGUGUAUAUAGCCCCCGCCCAAUUGGACCCGUGGGUGUGUGUGUGUGUGUGUGAGGUCAGCUGUUUUAGCCCCAGCGCGCCGCGGCGUGGCAGCGAGGAAAACGAGCAAGGAGAGCAGCGGCGGCGGCGGCGGCGGCGGCGUAGCAUGCGGCGGUGAGAGGGAGGGAGGAGCAGCCAGGGAGCCGGGGGAGCGAGAGCGCGGAGGAUGAUGCAGCUGCCGCAGCAUCACAAGCCCAGCAAGCCCUCCGCCCCCUCCUGCUGCUCGUCCUGGAUCCGGAGGUCCCCGCCGCCGUCCCCGCCGCACAAGAAGCCCGGCGGCGGCGGGAGGAGCCGGUACGCCUGCCGCCUCGUGCCCCUGCUCGUGCUCACCGUCUACAGCGUCUUCACCGUGCUCCGCAUCCCCAGCUCCUCCCUCGUCGUCACCACCGCCGAUUCAGAGCGCGUGGAGCGGCGGGAGGACUUGGAGGCGCUCAAGACCCACCUGCCGUCGAACCAGAACAGCCUCGAGGCCCGCGAGGAGACGCGGUCCGUCGCCUCCCUCCCCUGCUCCGCCUUUAUCAACGGUGAGGCGGGGUAUGGCGAGGAGGGCGUGCUGUGCUGCGACCGGAGCCACUACCGGAGCGACGUGUGCUACCUCCGCGGCGACGUGCGCACGGACCCGUCCACCUCGUCGGUGCUCCUGUACAACGCGCCCCGCGGGAGCUCCCCGGAGAAGGUCCGGCCGUACACGCGCAAGUUCGAGGGCAGCAUCAUGAGCACCAUCGACGAGGUGACCAUCCUGCCCGUGGCGGGCGCCUACAACGCGAGCGCCAGCGCCGGCGACGGCGGCACCCUGCGGCGGCGGUGCGACGUGCGGCACCCGCGCGGCGUGCCGGCGGUGGUGUUCUCGACGGGCGGGUACACGGGGAACGUGUAUCACGAGUUCAGCGACGGGCUGAUCCCGCUCUUCAUCACGGCGCAGCGGUUUGCCGGCGAGGUGGUGUUCGUGGUGCUCGAGUACCACUACUGGUGGCUCGGCCGCUACGGCGCCGUCCUGGAGCGGCUCACCAACUACAAGGUGGUGGACUUCCGCUACGACCGGCGCGUCCACUGCUUCGACGAGAUGAUCGUCGGCCUCCGCAUCCACGGCGAGCUCGUAGUCGACCCCAAGCUCAUGCCCAACGGAAAGAGCAUCAAGGAUUUCCAGGCGCUCCUGCACCAGGGCUACAGCCGGGCGGCGUCGUCCUCGUCGUCGGCGUCGCCGCCGGUGCCGCUCCCCCUGGCGCCGCCGUCCCGGCCGUGCCCUCGCCCGGCCAAGCCGAAGCUGCUCAUCUUCAUCCGCAAGCAGAACCGCGUGCUACUCAACCUCCCGCACGUCGUGACGGCCUGCCGCCGGGCCGGGUUCGCGCCGCACGUGAUGAACCUGCGGCGGCAGACCCCGCUGCCCGCCAUCCACGCCGCGCUGGCCUCGGCCGACGCCAUGGUGGCCGUGCACGGCGCGGCGGUGACCCACUUCCUCUUCAUGCGCCCGGGGUCCGUGCUGCUCCAGAUCGUGCCCGUGGGGCUCGACUGGGCCGCCGACGCCUUCUACGGCAAGCCCGCGCAGCAGCUGGGGCUGGAGUACCUCGAGUACAAGGUGGCGCCCGAGGAGAGCUCGCUGGCCGCCGAGUACGGGCUCAACAGCACCGUGGUGCGGGACCCCUCCGUGAUCAGCAGCCGCGGGUGGUGGGAGAUGAAGAAGGUGUACAUGGACCGGCAGAACGUCACCGUCAACAUCAAGCGGUUCGGCGAGCUGCUCAAGGCGGCGCGGACGCACCUCAGGAACACCACGGCUUGCGCCAAGGCCGCCGGCGCCGGCGCCGCCGCGGCACUGAGGUAGAAGAUGCUAAUUGAGCUUCGUUAAUUAGGUGUUAAUUACUUAGUCAUACUUUGUCAAUUUCUUUGUGGUUUUUUAUUUUCUUUUUGGUUGGGAGGAGAGAGGGGGGGAGGGAUAAAAGAAAAGGAGAUGAGAUGUGAUCCUGUAAAUAUGAUUGGGUUGGUUCUUGGUCGAGAGAGAUUGGUAGGGAUCAAUCGCCUCCGUGCACAGUGCAUUCGUUGAGUUCGUCGUCGUGCUGUUAGAGAUGAGGAAUAAUGUAUGAUAGGGGUGGGCUCUCCUGAGACGGCUUCUUCUUCACAGUAGGUCAUAGGAGUUUCAGCUCUUCUUAUUUCUUUUCCUUUUUUUUCUCUUUGCCCUUUUUUGUUUUAUUUUCUUCUCAUUCUUUGGGUGUCCAGAUGAUGUACAAGGAACUACAUUCUGUAACAAAGAGCAAUAGAAAUCCAGACUUUCUUUUACGGCCGUUGAGUGCCAUCUCA